ACAAACUAAAAGAUAAUGGGAAUGAAGUGUUCAACAUAAAAGAGGUAUUCAGCCGAAAUUAACACGCCAACUUAUUGACUACAAUACCCUUUAGAACGAACGAUACGAUUGGUGUUAGAUCUCUCAUUAACCUGCAACAGGCCGCAGAGGAUCCAUUUCCCUCCUCCUCGUUAUCCGUACACUGAUUGUCCAAUCAGAAACCCUAGUUAUUCCCCAAAUUUGACCAAUCGGAGAAUUGCCGUAGAAUGCCUCAAAGCUCGUCGACAAAGAAGCACGCGCAAGACCCGCCCGACGUUACCGGACCCAAUCCCAAAUCUCAGCGUACCAAAAUGGUUAAAUCUUCCGAUGACAGCGAUAAAAAGAAUAGUGGUAAGAAGCUGAAAGAGCUUGAAGUUGGGGUCCCAAUAGUGUAUGGAAAUAUUGCAUUUUGGCUUGGUAAGAAGGCGAGCGAGUUCCAGUCUCAUAAAUGGACUGUUUACGUUCGUGGUGCAACUAAUGAGGAUCUCAGCGUGGUGGUGAAGCGUGUGGAUUUUCAAUUGCACUCAAGUUUUAACAAUCCUACGAGGGUUGUGGACGGCCCCCCUUUUGAGUUGUCGGAGUGUGGAUGGGGUGAAUUCGAAAUUGUUAUAACCCUUCAUUUCCACACUGAUGUUUGUGAUAAGCCGUUGCACUUAUAUCACCAUUUGAAACUGUAUCCAGAGGACGAAUCUGGGCCUCUAUCCACUAAAAGACCUGUUGUAGUAGAGUCAUAUGAUGAAAUUGUACUUGCAGAGCCUUCAGAGGCCUUUUUUGCCCGUGUACAGAACCAUCCAGCAGUCAGUGUGCCUAGACUACCGCCUGGCCUAAAUUUACCUCCUCCUGUACCAAUAGAAGAUGUUGAUCGAAGGAAACGCAGUGACUCAAAAGAUCAUCCUCUAAGUCAAUGGUUCACAAAUUUCUCUGAAGCAGACGAGCUGUUAAAACUUACAGCAGCUCGCCAGCAGGUGCAAGGUCAUAUUGCAAGAUUGAGAAGACAGUUGAGCUUGAUAGAGGGCCAGCAUCAACAAUUGAAACCUGCUGCUGAUCUGUGAAUGUGUAUCAUCAUAAUAUCUACGGUCAUCCACUUGCUCCCCAGAGAUCCCUGAUGAAAGUGUUCUUUGCACUUCCCUUCUCCGUUUUCCCUUUUUCCGGGUUAUCUUUGUCAGGAUCUGGAGAAAGAAUUAUAAAUGUACCAUCACAGGAAGAAGAGUUGCAAUAGAUUCAUUUCCUAAUAGACUGAUACAGAGUUGCAAUGGUGUUCUAUUAGCACAAUCAAUGCAAUUUUGUAAUUUUUUGAAAUAAUAACUAUUCAUCACCUACAUGUCAUAAUUUUAUUGUCUCAUUCUUUUUGUAUAAAUUUUCAGAAGUGCUUAGAUUUA